AAUAGUAACUAUUUGGAUGCUCAAAAAACAUCCAAAAGUAACAAGUUAAUUAAACUAGAAAAAUCAUAACCAGCAAUAUUAAAGUAAUCAAUAGCUAAAUUUUAGAUCAUAAAGUUAGCAUGUAAAAAUAAUAGCAAUAAAUAAACAUAAAAAGAACUAAACAGCUGGCUCAAUGUUAUUAAGAUUAUGAAAUUCUUGUUAAAUAUUUCAUAAAUAGUUGA